CUCAAUCGCACUCCUUUCCAUUCCAUCAGGGGCACUUCAUCACCGACACUCACGUCCACCUGACCCUCCUUCUCCGUGGCCGUGAAAAAAAAGACCGUUCUCAUUUUUUUUCAAAACCCAAAUACAAGGAGGAUUUAAAAAAAUGGCAAGCAGUUUCUCGAGAAUCCUUUCCUCCAAACGACACAUCGGGAUCCUGACUUUGGUGGGAGGCUCGGUAACAGCUGGAUUUCUCCUCCACCGGGAACAUGUUAGCGCCGGAGUGCCUGUUCGCAGGAGGUACCCCGCGAGUGCGGAGUUCCCAGACCUGCGCAAACACAACAACUGCAUGGCCAGUAACCUCACACCUGCAAUCUACUCUAAGCUGUGUGAUAGAGCCACUCCCAAUGGUUUCACACUGGACCAGGCCAUCCAGACAGGUGUGGACAACCCUGGGCACCCCUUCAUCAAGACCGUUGGCAUGGUGGCAGGAGACGAGGAGUCUUAUGAGGUAUUUGCAGACCUUUUGGACCCUGUGAUCAAGGAAAGGCACAAUGGCUAUGACCCCCGCGCCAUGAAGCACCCCACUGAUCUGGAUUCUAGCAAGAUCCAGUCAGGUCUUUUCGAUGAGCGAUAUGUGUUGUCGUCCAGGGUGAGGACAGGCCGCAGCAUCCGCGGCCUGAGCCUGCCACCCGCCUGCACCAGGGCAGAGCGCAGGGAGGUGGAGAGAGUGGUGGUGGAUGCCCUGUCUGGCCUGAAGGGUGACCUAACGGGGAAGUACUACAGUCUCACCCAAAUGACAGAAAAGGAGCAGCAACAGCUCAUUGAUGACCACUUCUUGUUUGACAAGCCGGUGUCCCCGCUCCUCACAUGUGCAGGGAUGGCUCGUGACUGGCCAGAUGCCCGUGGUAUUUGGCACAACAAUGAGAAGACAUUCCUGAUUUGGGUCAAUGAGGAGGAUCACACAAGAGUCAUCUCUAUGGAGAAGGGAGGAAACAUGAAGAGAGUCUUUGAGAGGUUCUGCAGAGGCCUGAAGGAGGUGGAGCGUCUGAUCCAGGAGAGAGGCUGGGAAUUUAUGUGGAACGAGAGGCUUGGUUACGUCCUUACCUGCCCCUCAAACCUGGGCACAGGACUGAGGGCCGGUGUCCACGUCAAGCUGCCCCUGCUGAGCAAGGAUCCUCGCUUCAGUAAGAUCCUGGACAACCUGCGUCUGCAGAAGCGAGGGACAGGCGGUGUGGAUACUGCAGCUGUGGGUGGUGUGUUUGACAUCUCCAACCUAGACCGCCUGGGACAGUCUGAGGUCCAGCUGGUGCAGACAGUGAUUGAUGGCGUCAACUACCUAAUUGAGUGUGAGAAGAGGCUGGAGAGAGGCCAGGACAUCAAGGUGCCCUCACCCAUCAAGCUGUCUAAGUAGACACUGAUCCCUCACCUCCCCACACAGACCUCUGGGCACACACACAUGCACAAAUUCCUCUCUCUCUGUGCCCAUAGAUAUUACAAAUAUCUAUGUCAUCGCCUCAUUUAUUACUACUAAUUACACCAUCCCACCCCACAGCAUACCUCUCUAGAAUAUAAUCUCCUUAUAUUAGACGUAGCUUCAGGGUCCCAGAACUGCUUUGGGCCUAAGUGAGUGAAGCCUAUUGCAGUAAAUUCAAAGUUUGAUUUAAGCUUAAAUCUAAAUCCUGCUCUAAGAUAGCAGUGGAUACGAAUAAGGAUGCACAAAUUAUGGGGCUGUUAUAAGAUGCCCUUUUCUGCAUGGCCCAGCAUCUCUGGCUCUCCUAUUAAAGCACUCCUCAGCCUGCCCAAACCUGGCUUACUCCCUUCCUGUCGCAUGUCCUGUACACACAUCCCCUUUCCUCUCAUCUCUGUAGUUUCACUGUUCAUGCCUAUUAGCUAGUGCUUGUGUAGUUCAUCCAUCUGUGCUCACCGUGGAGGGUGGAUUGUGUGUACAUAGUUUACUUUAACUGUUCUGAAGUGGUUUGAAUGUAGACCAACAAGCUGAAGACAGAAGACUCUUGUGUUCUCCAGAUGAGUCGGUUGUUUGGUGACAUGCUGGUGUCAGAUUAUAAUUCACACUGGUCCAGUUAAGCUCUGUACUGUAUGCUACUGAAGCAAUAUCAUUUGAGUUUAUAACUGAAUGUCACGCUCUAAUGUCUUUUAUUAAAGAAAUCAUCUAUU